AUGAACUCGCUGUACGAGCUGGACCCGAAAUGGCAGCGGUUGCUGACGACGGGCAAUUUUCUGGGUGGACUGACGGUGAAUGAGUUCGUGGAGGAGAUCUCGCGGGACCACACGCUAAGGGUUUCGUCGAACGCGGUGUUCCGUGAUAGGGAGACGUGGGACCCGAAACCGUUCAUCAGGACUUUUGAGUCGACUCUCCGGGAACUGAAAAUACUGCAGGACGAGGUGCGCGGGAGGAAGGGGUCCCUGACGGAAGCAGUCUCACAGCAGGAGUUGCAACAGGCGCAGUUGGUGCAGCAGUUGGCGAGACAACUGGACCAGAUCACGGCACAGUACGCUGAUUUGGACACACAAUUGACUACGGUGACUCAGGUGGUGGCACCCCUCGGGGAUAAAUUGGAGAACGCAAUUAGAAGGAAGAAAAUGUACUCGAAGUCCGUCGAGUUGAUUAAACGGUACAAAGAGUUUAGCCAGUUUGGGCAAUCGAAGUACAUCGAGACCUUGAGUGGCUCGACGCGAUGGAAUGACCAGAUACAGGCAGCGACUCUGAUGAAGAACUUGCUCGUGCUCGCAAUGAAGAUUGAAACGAACUCGAUUCAGGGGACAAGCGACACGACAAGGGCCAUCGAGAAGUACUCGGAGCAUUUGGAGACCAACUGGCUAGACCAAUUUAACUGCGCAUACAGGGACAACAACUUCCAGCGGCUGAACGAGAUUGCCAUGAUUUUGAAUCACUUCAACGGCGGAAUCAACGUCAUCACCAACUUCAUUAACCAGCACGAAUUCUUUAUAGACUCGAACCAAAUUGAAACGGAUAACGCGAACGAUGAGUCGCUACUAGCAGGGAUCAAGGAGAAAUCCUUGAAUCCGGACCAUCACCAAGUGGUGUACCAGGAACAGAUGGUGAAGACCCUCGCGGAAAUCGUACAAGUCGUCGAGAACGAGUCCCUUAUCGUGUCCAAAGUGUUUGAAAACAACUUUACCUACGUGUUGCAACUUUUCAUCCAAAGGAUAUUUGCGCAGAAACUGGAACCAAAGAUUGAGUACACGCUGAACACGGCACUGUCCUGGUCUAGCUUGGCCUACGUGAGGAACCUCCACGGUCUACACUCGCUGAUGGGACAAUUCGUCAAGGACCUUUCCGAGUUUUUCCAAGAAAAGCUGGUCACAGAGGAUAACAGUCUGGUCACCGCUGUGGAGCAAUGCACCUCCGAUAUUUUUGUGAGGCACCUCUUCGAGAGAUCUAGAUACUUCGACAUGGAGAGGAGGAACCUCGAGUCGAUUUUGGUUGAGAAGACGAACGCGUUCAACCUGUUGCACCACAAAGUAAUACGGUUGAGAUCCCUCACGGGAAGGAUUAAGAGAAACCUCGACAGCGGUAUUGAAUUCAGCGAGGAUACCAACAACACGGAUGGUAACCAGAGGGCGAAGCCCAACAGCCGGCUGUCCCAAUACAAAGCGUUGUUGAAGAAACGACUCGAUUUGGAUUCUUUCCCCCGGUUUGAUCACAACGAUUCGGUCAACGACCAAGUUGCAGGAGACGGUGAACAACGGUUACAAGGGUAUGACUCUAAUUUUACGAUCGACAACGUGGACGCGAUGUUGAAAUGUGUUGUCGAAGCCGUUGCACGAGUCAUGGAGCUUGUACCAAACAAAGCGAACGAGUACAUCUUAGAGUUGAUUGAAAUCAUGUUUAUGGGGAUAGUGGGCUCCUACGUGGAUUCUGCUCUAGAGGUGGCGUACUAUGAAAUAGACAAUGCGGAUAUCGCCGCUGCCACGAUAGAUCUCUCCCUCUUGGGUUAUAUCGCUACGACCACAAACAUCUUAAACUACCUGUCGAUCUCCAUGAAAUCUGUAUUUCUACCCUUGCUCAAUAACAGCCCCAGUGUAAAGAAGCAAAUAGUGGAACUGACCAACGGGAACAUCAAAAAAUGUGAAUACGCGAUCAACGUAAUAAUAGAGAGGACUGUGAACGUUGUCUCGGGCAAAUUUGUCAACGCAUUGGCCAAACAGAAAAGGAAAGAUUUUGUGCCACGGACACAAGACCUGCUGGAUAACGAUACUCUACCAGCGGUAGAAAUUGUAUCCCUUUUAAAAUCGAUCCACCAACAGGCUUCAGAGUAUUUAAAGGGGGAGAAUUUCAAGACUUUCCUCAUCGCGAUAGGCAAUGACCUGUACGGUCUCCUUCUUGCCCACUAUGGGAAAUUCCAAGUGAGCUCGAUCGGUGGUAUUAUUGUCACGAAGGAUAUCAUCGGUUACUUGACCGAGAUAGACUCAUGGAAAAUACCGAAGCUUCUGGACAAGUUUGCGACUUUAAGGGAGUUGGCCAACUUGUUCACGGUCCAACCGGAUCUGCUGGACUCGUUGACAAAGGAGGGCCAUCUUGGAGACGUCAACAAGAACAUAAUAUCGACGUACAUCUCCAACAGAGAGGAUUUCAACCACGAGAACUUCAUCUCCAGCGUCAAGAACAAUUUCCGGCAGUACACUUACAAUUGA